AUGUUACGCGUUAGUGGUAUCAUUGAAUACCACCAAAAUGAAUGCCUGAUUCUGCGUUGCACAAACUGCUUAUCCUCGCGAAAUCCGCUGUCUCAGUUAGUUCUUAUGUACGUGAUUCUUUAUAUGUUCGUCGUUUGUGUGAAGAAACUGCUUAUCCUCGCGAAAUCCGCUGUCUCAACAUAUCGCCCACCCGAGGAAAGCAGCGAGCGCAUGGCUAGAGCGCUCGCUGCAAUGGAGUCGAGCGCUCUAGCCAUGCGCUCGCUGCUCGAAACAAUGGAGUCGCGGCAAGGACAUCAUCGAGCCCAGUUGGUUUUAUCGUAA